CUACUGCUUUGCGCCUGCGCGGAGGCUCGGGGAGUCGGCGCCAUGACCCCAUCGAGGCUUCCUUGGUUGCUUAGCUCGGUCUCGGCCACGGCGUGGAGAGCGGCAAGAUCACCCCUUCUGUGUCAUUCUCUGAGGAAAACAAGUUCUUCUCAAGGAGGAAAGUCUGAACUUGUCAAACCGUCCCUUAGGAAGCCGAAGUUACCAGAAGGUCGUUUUGAUGCACCAGAGGAUUCCCAUUUAGAGAAAGAACCACUGGAAAAAUUUCCAGAUGAUGUUAAUCCAGUGACCAAAGAAAAAGGUGGACCCAGGGGCCCAGAACCUACCCGAUAUGGAGAUUGGGAACGAAAAGGACGCUGUAUUGAUUUUUAAGUCGCAUAUUCUUUAACCUCAAUAUUGUUUUCUGAAUAUGUACAUCUGAAUUAACUUAUUUCUGAUUAUUUUCUUUCUUUAUAUCCUUUAUGUCGUGUAGUUUCUAUAAUGUGUUUAAAUAUAUAUAUAUAUGAUGGCUUUGGAAGAAAAUAUGCUGCUAUAAAUUAGGAAAGGGAGACCAGCCUGACCAAUAUGGAGAAAUCUCGCCUUUACUAAAAAUACAAAAUUAGCCAGGCGUGGUGGCAUGCACCUGUAAU